CCAUCUUGCAGAUGUGUAUGGGAGAUACUUCUUGUUGAGGUUGCUGACAAUUCUCUUCAUCAUGGCCUUCCGUCAAUAAUGCACCCUUUGCAUCGGGCAGCGCUCAAUUUCAGUGCCAGAUCGCCGUGGUUCCGGGCACGAGUGCCCGGUUCACGAGCCCGACUCAAACACCAUGCGCAGCGAAGCUCGACCAGCUCAAGUCCUGUGAAAGACUCAACAAGUCCGCCGCCAACGUCGCAAAGCAAACUCCCUCCACACUCCCUCCAUGAAGUGCCCGUCGGCGAGACUGCGAAGCCCGUUGAUCCUGUCGAUAUCCCCAUACAGCUGUGGUAUCAUCGCCUGGGACCAGUGUCUACAUUCUUUCAGUGGUUCCAUCGCACCCAGUUGAAGCGGCCCUACACCGUGCAACUAUGCACGACCUUGACGACCUACCUUUGCGGUGAUAUUCUGGCACAGGACAUAGGAGGGGAAUUGUACAAUCCAUGGCGAACGCUGAGGAUGUUGACAAUUGGAGCCCUUGCAGCGAUACCGGGUUACAAGUGGUUCCUGUUCCUAGGUCAGAGCUUCAAUUACCCGUCGAAAUUCACCUCGAUCGCGACAAAGGUUGCCGUAAACCAAAUUGUCUUUACUCCUGUCUUCAACACAUACUUCUUCGGCAUGCAAGCCCUCCUGACUGGCGAGCAUGCGACGGGCAUCAUCAUGCGCAUUCAGGCUGCGGUCCCAGUCAGCAUGCUUAAUUCUCUGAAAUUGUGGCCUGCCGUGACUGCCUUCUCAUUUGCCUUUGUUCCGCCUCAAUACCGGUUCAUGUUUUCGGGGAUCUUUGCCGUCGCGUGGCAAUGCUAUCUGAGCUUCCUCAAUCGCAAAGAAGAGAAGAUUGAGGCGCAGAUUGAUACUCUGAGCAGGCCAGUGCUAAAGGAAAGCAUGGUGGCGAAGUAAGGCUGCUUCAAGGAUGGCCUAGACGCACAAGUCUAUGUUUAAAAUGACUCUGCAGCGACUUUAAGAGAGCAAUUGAUUGGAAAGAGGAGAUCUGCUGCAUCUAGGGGAGAGUUGGCUACCCUGUUUCACGAAUACCGCUCCGUCGCGGGCAGAUCUAUGGCUGGGUGAAUGGGUGUAUUCGAGGGCCAAAGGAUGCUUGACAAGCCUUUGAUAGACUGUGUCCCAUAAUAGAGGGCAUACAGGCAGCACUGGCAGGUUAGAUUAUAGAACAGAAAACAGAAACAUGGCAACGUCCCAUCGAUUGGAUCUCCUCCACCCUUUGGUCGUGUUGUCUAGACC